CACACAAAUUAAAGACCGCGUCAGUAUGAAAAAGAAAAUCUAGCGUUUGAUGACUUGAAGUUGAAACGAAAGCUCCUCCACAUGGAAGGUGGUAGGAAACUGCUUCGUCAAGCCCUCAUAAAUCUAACCAGAGCGCCACUGCCAUACCCAAUUCUUUGAGCUUCUCCAUACUUUUAAUUAUCUGCCUCCUAUCUAUGACCACUCAACCAGUCUCUUCUUCUUCUCCUUCUUCUUCUUCUUCUCCAUAUGAUGUCUUUUUGAGUUUUAGAGGCGAGGAUACACGCACCAAUUUUACAGAUCAUUUGCACGAGGCUUUAGUCCGUAAGGGAAUCCGGACCUUCAUUGAUGGAGAGCUUGUAAGAGGAGAAGAAAUAUCGCCAGCCCUUGUCAAAGCAAUUGAAGAAUCAAGAAUUUCUCUCAUUGUAUUCUCUGAAAACUAUGCAUCUUCGAGGUGGUGCUUGGAUGAACUUGUCAAGAUCCUUCAAUGUAAAGAAUCAAAGCAACAAAUAGUUUUGCCCUUUUUUUACAAGGUGGAUCCCUCAGAUGUACGACACCAAAGAAGUAGUUAUGGUGAUGCAUUUGUUCACCAUGAACGCAUAUUCAAGGAUGACAAGGAGAAAGUGCUCAAAUGGAGGAGAGCUCUUACGGAAGCAGCAAAUUUGUCUGGAUGGCAUUUCAAGGAGGGAGAGUAUGAAACUACAUUUAUCAACAACAUCGUUGAUCAAAUCUUAAGCCAAGUACUGAGCCGCACAUAUUGGAAUGUGGCAAAGUACCCAGUUGGAAUUCAAUCUCGUGUACAAGAUGUGGAAAGGCAUUUAGAUGUUGGUGGGAAUGAUCGUCGCAUGGUUGGGAUAUGGGGGACAUCUGGAAUAGGCAAGACAACAAUUGCAAAAGCUAUAUGGAAUGCAAUUGCACAUAAAUUUGAAGGAAGUUGUUUCUUGUCAAAUGUUAGAGAAAAUUCAAUGUCAGAUGGAGACUUAAUCAAACUACAGGAGGCUCUUCUUCAUAAAAUUCUUGGCGGAGAAUGGAAAAUUCGUAGUGUUGAUGAAGGAAUUGGUGUCAUAAAAGAACGGUUGAGCCAUAAAAAAAUUCUCUUAAUUCUUGAUGAUGUGAAUCAAUUGAAGCAAUUAGACAAUUUGGCUGGUGUUGGUUGGUUUGGUGAGGGAAGUAGAGUCAUUACAACUACACAAGAUCGCGGAUUGCUAAAAUGUCAUGGAAUUGAUUUGAUAUACGAGGUCCAAAAGUUAUAUUUCAACCGAGCUCUUGAGCUUUUUAGUUUCAGUGCCUUCGGAACCAACAAACCUCCAAAGGAUUAUUGGGAACUCGCACAUCGUGCACUAGUGUAUGCUCAAGGCAUUCCACUAGCUCUAACACUUUUAGGUUCUCAUCUUCGUAAUAAAGACAAAGAUCGUUGGCAAGAUAUUUUAGAUAGUUAUGAAGGAGAACCAUAUACAGGUAUUCAAAAAAUACUUCAAAAAAGUUAUGAUGCCUUGGAAAAUUCCAUGCAACAAUUUUUUCUAGACAUCGCAUGUUUCUUCAAGGGUGAAAAGAAGGACUAUGUUCUACAAAUAGUAAGCAAUUCUAAGAACAAGGUCUCCCGAGAUUGUAUUGAAGUACUCAUUGAGAAGUCAAUGAUAACUAUUGACUAUGGUAGGAUUCAGAUGCACGACUUACUAGAAAAACUGGGCAAGGAUAUAGUUCACGAAGAAUCCCCCAAUGAUCCUGGCAAGCGUAGUAGAUUGUGGUUUUACGAGGAUGUUGAACAAGUUCUAACGGAAAGUAUAGGAACAAGAAAUAUUAAAUUCAUCAUGGUGAAGCUUCCAGACCCAGCUGAGAUAACCUUAAAUCCAGAAUGCUUCCGUAAUAUGGUAAAUCUUGAAAUUUUCAUAAACCGUAAUGCAUCUCUAUAUGGGCACAUUAACUAUCUGCCCAACGCCUUAAGAUUGAUUGAUUGGGAUAGAUGUCAGUUACAAUCUUUGCCACCCAAUUUUCAAGCAAAUCAUCUUGUUGAGUUCAAUAUGCCUCACAGUCAUAUCAAACAAUUGGAUGGAUUUAACUUUAAGCAUUCGCCAAAUCUGACAAUUAUGAAUUUGAAGGGUUGUCAAUUCUUAGAAAAAAUUCCUGACUUAUCUGGAAUCCCAAACAUAAAGUACUUGAAUCUAAGCAUGUGCACACGUUUGGUUGAGGUCGAUGGUUCUGUUGGAUUUCUUGAUAAACUUGUUGAAUUGGAUCUUUCUGGAUGCUUUAAGCUUAUGAGGUUUGGAACAACGCUUAGAUUGAAAUCGUUGGAACAACUUAAUCUAUUUGGAUGUGAAAGGCUUGAGAGUAUCCCAGAAAUAGAAGUCGAGAUGGAAUCACUACGGACUUUGGACAUAUCAGGAAGUGGCGUAAGAGAAUUGCCUUCACCAAUUGCAUAUCUUACUGGUCUUGAAAAAUUACACGCUGAUUAUUGUGAGAACCUUACAAUUACGGUGAACUCCGAAUUGCUUCCCAACCUAUAUCAAUUUAGUCUCAUGGGAUGCAAUGUAUCAAAAAUUAAUUUCCUCCUGCUCCUUGAUUGCUGGUCCACAGUAACAGAACUUUAUCUAUCGGGAAACAAUUUCGUCAGUCUUCCGAUAUCCUUUAGCAAAUUUGUCAACUUGCUAAAUCUUUACUUGAGUGAUUGCAAGAGUCUUCUGGAAAUUCCAGAACAAGUGCUCCCACGAAGAAUAGAAUUAGUAUCGCUGGAUAACUGCACAUCAUUGGAAAAAAUUCCAAAACUGGCUUGGGUAUUGCUGGAUAACUGCACAUCAUUGGAGAAAAUUCCAGAAAUCUCACCGGUGAAUUACAAAUUUAAUCUGAGUUUGGCCAAUUGCGUUAGACUACGUGGCUACGACAUCACAGAAAAUAUUUUUCUGAAUCAGGCUUCUGUUUCUUCUCCGCAUUCUCAUUUCGACAUUAAUCUUCCAGGCGAUGAAGUUCCAAAGUGGUUCAGCUGUUGUAAAGAUGCAACAACAGUUACACAUUAUUGUUCUAGAUGUGCAGUUAGUUUUGAAAUUCCUCCAAAUUUAAAAUGGGAGACGUUAAGAUUGAUUCUGUGUGUUGUUACUCGGGGUAGUGCCAAGAUUCUUCUCAAUGGAAAACUCGUCAACGAGAGAGGGAUUGGAUCAUAUGAGAGAUGGGAUCGUAUUGGAUUACUGGAAAGUCAUGUGUGCCUUGCGUCUAUUCCAUUAUUGGAUAGGCGAAACGCGUACAAGUUUGAAGAACCACUGACGAAGCAGGGUAAUACGUGUCAAGUUAUAUUUAACUUUUUAGGCAAGUUCGCACCCGUUAAAAUUCCCUGCGGGGUCCACCUAUUAGGCCACCAGGUUGCUGAUGUCAGUGAGACUGAUGUUGUUGAUCAUGGGCCAACGCAGUUGUUGUUACCUGAUGCGAUGGCAGUGGACGAUGAUAUUUACGAUGAUCAACACCAAGACUGCGAAUUGCUUUCCUUGUCUUUAGGAUCAAAGACUAGUCUUGGCAAGAGGCCUCGCCAAUCAUAUUACAUGGCACUUCAUGAUGAUCAUCGUGCUAACAUCGUCGACAUUGGUGAUCAUGGAGCUCAAUGGCUUACCUUGUUAACGGGACCAGCGGAUCACCAAAAGAGGAGGCACAUUGAUCCUAAUGAGGAGCCAAAGCAAUGAGAGGUUCCAAAGUGGUUUAUGUGAGCCCCCGGUUCAGUUGUCGAAAGGAACCCAAUUUCCGGCAAUGGUCUGGUAAUCAAGAGGUGUGUUGAGGCGCCAUCAAUUUCUGAGAUUCCAUUUUAAGUUGCAUAAGGCAAUACAUUUCUUCUCAAUUGAUGCAUCCAGCAUUUAUCCGCGAAUGAACAAAGCCGGAUUUAUCUAAUGCUUUCAUUCCACACAUAUAUUUUGUCUAUGAUUAUUCUAUCUCAUUCACUGGAAUUGAUGUAUGUUGGGGACAAAAUGUAACAGAUUUAUCUAUUUCAUAAUUUCCAAUCAAGAUUUAUUGAA